AUGGAUGCUCUCGGCACCCUUCGGCCUCCACCGGUUCGGAAACACUGUUUCUUCGACUGUGACGAUGAGGACUACGACUAUACCAAUCUCGAAACCCAAACCCAAGAUGAACAAGACGACAAUGACAAUAACAAUCAACACGAGGAGGACAAUGACCGGAAUGGUGAUUGUGAUGAAGGCAAUGACGAGGAGGAAGAAAGCAGCGACAGCGACAGCGACUAG